AUGACCGAUGAGGAUGCCACGUUCUUGUCCGAUUUGAAUACCUUCUUGUCUACCUUUUUCAGUAGCAUCAUCAAGUUUUUGAUCGAGGACAGCCUGUUCAUCACGAAUACGCUUUAUUUCUUGUUCUAUGCUUUGAUUUAUACUCAGACUUAUCAGGAAAUAGGAAAGAGGAGACCUAAGAAAACUCCUGCGAAAGAGGUUCCCGAACCACCGCUGGAGGAGGCAAAGAUCAAAAAACGAAGUAAGGAGCAAGGUGCAGCUGUACAAGAAGCCAAUUCAAAAGCCAAGACUGCAAAGAAGGGAAGUGCAAGAAAGGCUGCUCCCAGGGGGAAAAAUGCUGUUGCAGAAAAGAUCGACGAGGCAGAAGAGGCGGCAACAUCUGAAGUCGACAUCAGACAGAAUGGAGAGGCACAGGAGGUGGAGCCUAAACAAAAAAAGCGAAAUGCGGGGAGAGUGAAUGCGGCGAUGAACGGAAAGGUCGAGGCGAAGAAGGAGGAACAGUUGAAGGGUCAAGUGGCUGCUGCGCCUGUUGAGGAGAAAGAUGCGUCGAACGAUGUAAUCGCUGAGAAUGAAGAGAAUGAUGAGAAAGAAAUAAAUGCGGCACCAGAAAUAGACGAGAAUGGCACGAAGGUUGAUAGUGCCUCGGUACUCUCGCCGGACGAAAACAAAACAAACGAGGUCGAUACUAGUGUUGACUUGAUCAAAGAUGAGCCUGACACAUCAACAGAAGUGGAAAGGGCGGGGAAUUACCUGUGCUUUUAAAAAAAACUACAGAACUUGUUGAGGGAUAGAACGUAUAUGGGCUUGUAAUAAGCGUAAUAUGAAAAUGUUACCGGAAAAUACGUUUCGAGCAAAAUAUAUUUUUUUAAAGAUGUCUUAUCAAGGUCGUUUAAACAUUAGAUUUUCAGCUAUGUAUCGAUAACGUGUAGUGCCAUAAGAAAUAUAAGAUUAUAGGCGAAAUUUGAUAGGAUUUGUGUGAAUGUUUCGAUUCCUACGUGGGCAGCACUGCUAAAGUUUACACGAAAUAAAAUUUAUUACACAAAUAAUAUAUAUAUAAGAAUAAUAAUAUUAAUUGUGAUUAAUAUAAGAUUGUUAGCGAGCAAAAUUUCGAGUAUCUUGGAUGAAAAACACAGGCCUAUCGAGAUGAACAUCUUCCUGCUGCUGCUCUUGUAGGAGUUGAAUAAGUUACAUAUUUUUCUAAGGGAUAACAAACAAUACUUAUAACAUAUAUACAUUGUUUCCGUUUCUCUAGUCCAAUAGUUUUAUUUGCAACACAUUUAUUCUUAUUAGUAACGGUUACUUACAACUUUUAACAAGAAAACCUUGCAGCUUCGAACUUUAAUAAAACGGGGAAACUUUUUGUACAUAAUUCCGGAUAAAUUCUGGCCUUUCGCGUUUUGUACAACUAAAUAUUACGGCAUUAUAAGCGUUUUAUUUAACGACCAUUUGUAUGUGUGUGCGUGCGUGCGUGUGCGUGUGCGUGUGCGUGUGCGUGUCAGUGUGUACAACGUAUUUACUUCCAGUCCGGCGAGACGGUUAAUAAUAUGUGUGUAUUUCUAAUGUUAUUUCCCCACAUUGUAUUGCUAUUCUCCACUAGACAUAUUUUCUUUUAUGUUUAAUAAAUUGAUCUUGUGUUUAUAUAUGUUCCUUUUGAUAAGCUCGCAGUUGUCAAUAUUUAUUUGUAAUAAAAAGACUGUGAAAGGA